AUGCAUUGACAGUGGGAGUCCAGAGCUGGUGGCUGCAGUAGCCCAGAGGGACACUGGUCUUCAGGGAGUCCGGAGCAGCCAGACGGGUGGAGGGAGUGUCUGCUGCUCUCGGUCUCUUCUGGCCAGAGUUUGGGCCUCCCUCCUGUCAGCAUGGCCCUCCGCCUCCACGAUGACCUCGGACAUCUCCUGAGCUGUGAGGAGCCUGGCUUUGCAGGUCUUCUGAUCAUCAGACAUGAACCCAGAUCAGCCUCCAGAUCUCACCAUCGUCCUGAUGGGAAAAGCAGGAGUUGGUAAAAGUGCUUCAGCAAACACCAUCCUGGGACAAAACAAGUUUGAGUCAAAGAUGUCCUGGAAACCAGUUACAAAAGAAAUCUCUGAAGAAAAAGGAAAAGUCUUCGGGAAGCAGAUCUCAGUGGUCGACACUCCAGGAAUAUUAGACACCGAGGAAAAUAAGGAGAAGAUUAAAAAGUUCUGUCAGGAGCUCCUUCAGUCCAGAAGACCUUGUCUGUUUCUAGUGGUGCUCAGAGUUGGACGGUUCACAGAAGAAGACCAGAAGUCUGUGACGGCAGCCAUGGAAGUCCUCGGGAGAAAGGGGUUGAGAAAGAGUUACCUGCUCUUCACUGGUGGUGAUGAUUUAAAAAACACGUCUCUGGAAGAUUUUAUCUCUCAAGGUAAAGGUAAAGGUCUACUUCCAGAUGUUGUUGGAAGGUUUGCGGGGGCGUCUCACCUCUUCAACAAUGAGGUGGAUGAUGGAGAACAAGUCAGAGAGCUGCUGCUGAAGUCAGGACACCUCACAACCCAGAACCAAGCGGAUUCACCAGCUGAUGCUUCCAAAGAAAGGAGGCUCGUCCUGCUCGGUCUACCUGGAGCUGGAAAAAGUUCUUCAGGAAACACCAUCUUAAGAUCUGAGAAGUUUAAAUCAGCUGGUGGCUUUGAUUCAGUCAGUACUGAGUGUGUUUGUGAGUCAGCCGGGGUGGAGGGUUGUAAGGUCACAGUGGUGGACACUCCAGGGUUCACUGAUGAAGUUCUGACUCCUGAACAGCUGUACCUGGAGAUCAUGAAGAUGUUAGUAGAGGCCAGUCCAGGACCUCAUGCCUUCAUCAUUGUGGUCAGAAUAGGCAGAAUCUCCAAAGCAGACCUCAAACUGUUUGAGCUUCUUCAGAAACUGUUCAGCAGUGAGGCUUUAAAGUACUCCAUGGUGCUUUUCACUCAUGGAGACGAGCUGAGAGACCACCAGACCAUGGAGGAGAUGAUCUGGUCCAACCGUCAGGUGUCAUAUCUGGUCUCCAUGUGUGGUGGUAGAUACUGUGUGUUUGACAACAAAGCCAACAGGAAGAGAGAGCAGGUUAGAGGCUUCCUGAACAAAGUAGAUGAGAUGGUCACAGCUAAUGGUGGACAACACUAUACUGAUGACAUGUUCAGGAUGGCUGAGACGUUCUUUAGGGAAGAAAGGAACCGGCAGGGUGGCGAUGGUGACGUCAGAGAGAAAGUAUGGAAAAGAUUGAAGCGUUAUUUAUUGAUUGGAGCAGGAGUAGGAAUAUUAGUAGGAGCAGGAGUAGGAGUAGUAUUAGGAGCAGCAGCAGCAGCAGCAGCAGCAGCAGCAGUGGGAGUGGGAGUGGUAGCAGGACCAGUAAUAGUAGUAGGAGCAGUAAUAGGAGCAGUAGUAGGAGCAACAACAGUAGGACUAGCAUCCAUAAUGAAAAUAAUCAAGAAACCAAAGAAAGACUGAUAGAGGUGAACUCUCAGUGACGACCCCUGACCUUUAGAACAACCUGACACGUCCAAACUCAAACCAGGUUCUCUUUGGUCGUCUCUCUCAUAUCAACCAAAAGGUUCAGGAGUAGUUUUAAAUUACACAUUUUAAAUGAGUUUUCAAAUCAAAGCCAUGGUCCCUUUCCACGCUGCACAUUCUGAGGCUGGCGGUGGAUAAAGGCAGUGGAGGUUUACUUCCUGUCAGCUCACUGGCUAACGGAGAUCAGAGGAGACCAAGGAGCUGCUUUUAAAAGUCUUCAUGGGAGCACUCAUAUCUGCAGUCUUCAUUAAAGAAGAAGACAUCUGUUCAACCCAGAGAAGGUCUGAGGCGUCUUGAUAAGAGGGCUGUUCUGUCGGGGUUUGUCUGGAUCGACUGGGGAAGAAGCCAAAAACACCUAUGAGAGGUCUGAUGAGCGACUUGGUGUUGGUGUCAGAGCCGCCGGGUGUCGGGUGGAUGUUGUCUCGGGUGGUGCAGCUGUCGCCCCUCACCCUGACCAUGAUGGCUUCAGGCUGGUCUACUGGUCAAAGGCACAGAGAAUGGCUUUUGGAACACCACGCCCAAACCGCAAGCUGCCUCUUAUUGACGAGUGCUUCAUGUUUCAUGCUGGACUGAAAGAAAAGGUCCUGGCAUCCGUAUCAGUACAGGUACCCGCAUUAUUGUCCCAAUGUGAGGGUGAUGAUGGACUGCACUGAGCUCCAGUCUGAGACCUCCAGCUACAAGAACACAACACCUUUGAAGGUCUAACUGGCAUCGCUCCUUGUGGGGUGAUUACAUUCAUAUCCAAGCUCCAUACUGU